UAGCACGUCAGUUGUUCGUAUAACCUCAAAUCUAUUGUGUCGCGCAGCAGCUGAGCUCGGUAGUAACAUCUGUUCUGUGAAAUUGUUGUUUUCAAUUUAGGACUCAUUAUUUACAAAACACGAGUUCAAACAUGGUGAACAUCGAGGAAGACAAAAUAAUCAGUAUUGGUAACGUUUUGAACGAUGAGUCGAGACCGUUAAAAGAGAGAUUUCGUGCUCUAUUCACGUUGAAAAGUAUUGGAGGUUAUACCUCGAUCAGUCAAAUUAAUAACUGCUUCAAAGAUCCAUCGGCAUUAUUGAAACACGAACUGGCUUACUGCCUUGGACAAAUGCAGGACGUCAGAGCUUUGCCUGGUCUAAUAAACGUUUUACGCGACAUGUCCCAGGAACCGAUGGUCCGUCAUGAGGCUGGUGAGGCGCUAGGAGCGAUCGGUGAUAUUUCUGUCAUACCGAUCCUUGAAGAGUACAGCAAAGAUCCAGUUGUCGAAGUAGCAGAGACCUGCCAGCUUGCUCUGGACCGAUUGAAGUGGAUUUCGAAUUCAAAGAAUACAUCCCAGAAUCUUUCUACCAGUCCAUUCGCAUCUGUCGAUCCUGCACCACCGGCUGCUAUCAAAGAUGUCGCUGAAUUAAAACGCAUACUGCUGGACGAAAAGGCUUCGUUAUUCGAUCGGUAUCGAGCCAUGUUUUCACUCCGGAAUAUGAGAACAGAUGAAAGCGUGCUUGCAUUGGCCGAAGCUCUCAAAUAUGGCAGUGCGUUAUUUAAACAUGAGAUAGCCUUCGUGUUGGGGCAGUUGCAGGAAGAAAUUUCCGUACCUCAUCUUUGUGCUGCAUUGGAGGAUUGCGAAGAAAAUGAAAUGGUCCGACACGAGUGUGCCGAGGCUCUGGGCUCCAUUGCCACUCCCGAAUGUUUCAAAGCACUGAAUAAAUACCUUGGGGAUACUAAACGCGUCGUUCAUGAGAGCUGUAUUAUUGCAUUAGAUAUGUGCGAAUAUCAAAACAGCCCUGAGUUUCAGUAUGCGGACACGCUCACUAAGAUCUCUUCGUGAAUUCCCCCAAUCCGUAUAAAAGAAAUUAUAUUACAUUUAUCUAUUUAGAUAGUGCAUUUUAUUCUGUACAUACAUGCAUUUACAUCUA